UAAUUGUCAGUUGGGACCACAAGAUGUCAGGCAUCACUUGCGAGGAGCACACAUAUAAAUUGUCCGUAAUCUUCUAUCAGAAGUACCUCGUACAUCAACCGUGAUUAGCAGUGGUGAGCUGCAGACCAUACCGAACUUUUGCAUUUGACAGCCAGGUAAGCAGCAAUGGAGAAGGCAUCAGCACUAUGGAGUUCAUGGCUGGUGGUGACCAUGAUUUUGACAAUUUUCCUGGCAACAAAUGCGCAAGCUACGAAUUAUCCUACCCACCCAAACUUAACCGAGGAUUUCUACCUCAGGACCUGUCCACAGGCGAGAAUUAUAGUCUUCAAUGUUCUAGUUCGACAGCUGGCAUUGAACAAGAACCUACCAGCACAGCUCAUCCGACUGUUUUUCCAUGAUUGCUUCGUCCGGGGAUGCGAUUCAUCGAUAUUGAUCGAGUCCACACCGGGCAAUGUGGCAGAACUGGAUGGUUUUCCCAACAGAAAUUCCGUCAAGGGGCUCGAUGUGAUAGCGUUAGCGAAAGAAAAGCUCGAGGAAAGUUGUCCGGGUAUCGUUUCGUGUGCGGACAUCAUUGCUCUGGCCGCUCGCGACAUUCUGCAACUGUCUCGAGGACUCUAUUUCCCGGUUCCACUCGGACGUAGAGACGGCUCGGUGUCGCUUGCAUCUGAGGCGAAUGCCAACCUGCCCAGCCCUUUUGCCAACUACACUCAACUCGUCACCAGCUUCGCCAAUCAGGGAUUGUCUGAAGAAGACUUGGUAGUCCUUUCAGGUGCACACACGAUCGGAGUUUCACACUGCGGCGUAGUAUAUCGUCGCCUGUGGAAUUUUUCGCCGACGAUUCAGACCGACCCGGCUAUGAGUCCAGCAUAUGCGGCCAAGCUCAAAGCGCUGUGUCCGAUCGACCAGCCUCAGAGUCAAACGGAAAUCGAGCUGGACUCAAGCAUGGGAGGCAACUUUUUCGACAGCAACUACUACGAUAAUGUUCUGAACGGCGAAGCGGCGUUCAUCUCAGACAGUGCUCUGAUCACGAACCCUUCCGCUGCAGCUCUGGUGAGGACUCUGGGCAGAUUUCCAACCGUCCCUUUUUUCGAGAAGUUCGGUGUGGCUAUGGUGAAGAUGGGGCUCAUCAACGUCAAAACAGGCUCUGACGGAGUUAUUCGCAAGGUUUGCAGUAAAAUCUGACGUUCAGAUCAGUAUAGUUCUCUGACAAAAAAGCCCAAUUAUGAUUAUCUUUCGAGCAGCACAUCGAAGGCUGUUGCGAUGGAGUUGUAAUUUCUGCUUUUUAGGACCCUCUGAAUAUUGCAUCUGACCUCCAAUAUGGGCAAUCCUCCGAUAUUAGCAUGAAGAAAAAUUGUAACAGACUUUGUCAGCUUACUAGUUUGAGCUUCAAAUGAUAUGGUAGGUGAGAACCGUGGCUCGCGAUUUACCAGUUGCAAAUAAUAAUAUGGCAUGCAAUCAACAUUGCACCACAAUAAAGGUGCUCACAUAUGGCAGUCGAAACUCCAA